CAUGUGAUGUUUUCUCUUCGCUCACUCGACUUUGUUCGGAGGUAGGAAAAUCGAUUGAAACCAGCGGCUGGUCCGAAAAGUGAUCUGCAAGUGCUAAAUUCUUCCCGAAACCGACGCCAGAACAUCACGAUGGGUGCCUCCGCCCUGCCAAUCAUCAUUUUCUCGGCCAUAUUCGGCGUUAUCGGUAUUGUGCUGCCAAUCGUAGCGCCCAAGGGUCCGAACCGCGGGAUUGUCCAGUGUGUGCUUAUUCUGACGGCGGCCACCUGCUGGUUGUUCUGGCUGUGUUGCUACAUGGCCCAGAUGAAUCCCCUGAUCGGACCGAAACUGCACCAGAACACGAUUCUGAUUAUGGCUCGCGAGUGGGGCAACCCACUGCCUGAUAUGGAUGGCUACCAUCCAGAGCACUAAAUCGACCGGCCGCAGAUCACGUGUACGGGGCCAGAACAUUCCUCCACCCGCCCCAAACAUCAUGUAGUCAUCGAGUUCCCGCAGGCCACCGGCGCCCUCCACUGAUCCUGGGUGGAUAUAUGUGUGUGUCUGGAUGUGGCGUGUGUAUGUUUAUGUAAACAGAUGGAUUUUCCCCAGGUCAUGUGCUCUCAUGGUGGGCAUGAUGUGGGGUUUGAAGUAUUUUGUUCCCCCCCCCCCCCCCCCACAAAACCCCCAAUUCCAAAUUCCAACUAAACAACACUGUCCCGUGGAGGAGGAAGAGGGUUUAAUGUGUAUUCCGGAUGCUUGUCGUUUCAUUUUCUGCUGUUGUUAUUCGUUUAUCCUAGAUGAUGUAUUAUACAAAAUAAAGUAGCCCAACGUACCGACCGGUGGAA